GCGCGGCCGACCGCCGACGCUCGCGGCCCCCGGGACCCCAGACCGUCCGCUGCCUGCGAGACUGAGCGGCGGGGAGUGGCCCCCGGCUUCCAGGAACAUGGCGGACCCGGCCGAGUGCAACAUCAAAGUGAUGUGUCGCUUCAGACCUCUCAACGAGUCCGAGGUGAACCGCGGCGACAAGUACGUGGCCAAGUUCCAAGGAGAGGACACGGUCCUGAUCGCGUCCAAGCCUUAUGCAUUUGAUCGGGUGUUCCAGUCAAGCACAUCUCAAGAGCAAGUAUAUAACGACUGUGCAAAGAAGAUUGUUAAAGAUGUACUUGAGGGAUACAAUGGAACAAUAUUUGCAUAUGGACAAACAUCAUCUGGGAAGACACACACAAUGGAGGGUAAACUUCAUGAUCCAGAAGGCAUGGGAAUUAUUCCAAGAAUAGUGCAAGAUAUUUUUAAUUAUAUUUACUCCAUGGAUGAAAAUUUAGAAUUUCAUAUUAAGGUUUCAUAUUUUGAAAUAUAUUUGGAUAAGAUAAGGGACCUAUUAGAUGUUUCAAAGACCAACCUUUCAGUUCACGAAGACAAAAACCGAGUCCCCUAUGUAAAGGGGUGCACAGAGCGUUUUGUAUGUAGUCCAGAUGAAGUUAUGGAUACCAUAGAUGAAGGAAAAUCCAACAGACAUGUAGCAGUUACAAAUAUGAAUGAACAUAGCUCUAGGAGUCACAGUAUAUUUCUUAUUAACGUGAAACAAGAGAACACGCAAACAGAACAAAAGCUGAGUGGAAAACUUUAUCUGGUUGAUUUAGCUGGUAGUGAAAAGGUUAGUAAAACUGGAGCUGAAGGUGCUGUGCUAGAUGAAGCGAAGAACAUCAACAAGUCCCUGUCUGCUCUUGGGAACGUCAUCUCUGCUCUGGCUGAGGGCAGCACUUAUGUUCCAUAUCGAGAUAGUAAAAUGACAAGAAUCCUUCAAGAUUCAUUAGGUGGCAACUGUAGAACCACUAUUGUAAUUUGCUGCUCUCCAUCAUCAUACAAUGAGUCUGAAACAAAAUCCACACUCCUGUUUGGUCAAAGGGCCAAAACAAUUAAGAACACAGUUUGCGUCAAUGUAGAGUUAACUGCAGAACAGUGGAAAAAGAAGUAUGAAAAAGAAAAAGAAAAAAAUAAGACCCUGCGGAAUACCAUUCAGUGGCUUGAAAAUGAACUCAACCGGUGGCGUAAUGGAGAGACAGUGCCUGUAGAUGAGCAGUUUGACAAAGAGAAAGCCAACUUGGAAGCUUUCACAGUGGAUAAGGACGUUACUAUUACCAAUGAUAAGCCAGCAGCCACAAUUGGUGUUACUGGAAAUUUCACUGAUUCCGAAAGAAGAAAAUGUGAAGAAGAAAUUGCUAAAUUAUACAAACAACUUGAUGACAAGGAUGAAGAAAUUAACCAGCAGAGCCAACUGGUAGAGAAACUAAAGACACAGAUGUUGGAUCAGGAAGAGCUUCUGGCAUCUACCAGAAGGGAUCAAGACAACAUGCAGGCGGAGCUGAAUCGCCUUCAAGCAGAAAAUGAUGCCUCUAAAGAAGAAGUAAAAGAAGUUUUACAGGCCUUGGAGGAACUGGCUGUCAAUUACGAUCAGAAGUCUCAGGAAGUUGAAGAUAAGACCAAGGAAUAUGAAUUGCUUAGUGAUGAGCUGAAUCAAAAAUCGGCAACUUUAGCAAGUAUAGAUGCUGAGCUUCAGAAACUUAAGGAAAUGACCAACCACCAGAAAAAACGAGCAGCUGAGAUGAUGGCAUCGUUACUAAAGGAUCUUGCCGAAAUAGGCAUUGCUGUGGGAAACAAUGAUGUAAAGCAGCCUGAGGGAACUGGCAUGAUAGACGAAGAGUUCACUGUCGCCAGGCUCUACAUCAGCAAGAUGAAGUCAGAAGUCAAGACGAUGGUGAAACGCUGCAAACAGUUAGAAGGCACACAGACUGAGAGCAACAAAAAAAUGGAAGAAAAUGAAAAGGAGCUGGCAGCAUGCCAGCUUCGGAUCUCCCAACAUGAAGCCAAAAUCAAGUCGUUGACUGAAUACCUUCAAAAUGUGGAGCAAAAGAAAAGGCAGCUCGAAGAAUCUGUCGACUCCCUCAGUGAAGAACUAGUUCAGCUUCGAGCACAAGAGAAAGUCCAUGAAAUGGAAAAGGAGCACUUAAAUAAAGUUCAGACUGCAAAUGAAGUAAAGCAAGCUGUUGAACAACAGAUCCAAAGCCACAGAGAAACCCAUCAAAAACAAAUCAGUAGUUUGAGAGAUGAAGUUGAAGCAAAAGAAAAACUUAUCACUGACCUUCAAGACCAAAACCAGAAAAUGAUGUUAGAGCAGGAACGUCUCAGAGUAGAACAUGAGAAGUUGAAAGCUACAGAUCAGGAAAAGAGCAAAAAACUACAUGAACUUACGGUCAUGCAAGAUAGACGAGAACAAGCAAGACAAGACUUGAAGGGUUUGGAAGAGACAGUGGCAAAAGAACUUCAGACUUUACACAACCUGCGUAAGCUCUUUGUUCAGGACCUGGCAACCAGAGUUAAGAAGAGCGCCGAGGUCGAUUCUGAUGACACUGGAGGCAGUGCUGCGCAGAAGCAGAAAAUCUCCUUCCUGGAGAACAAUCUUGAACAGCUCACGAAAGUGCACAAACAGUUGGUACGUGAUAAUGCAGAUCUUCGCUGCGAACUUCCCAAGCUGGAGAAGCGACUGAGAGCUACAGCCGAGAGAGUGAAAGCUUUGGAAUCGGCACUGAAAGAAGCGAAGGAAAAUGCUUCUCGGGAUCGGAAACGCUAUCAGCAAGAAGUAGACCGCAUCAAGGAAGCAGUCAGGUCGAAGAACAUGGCCAGGAGAGGGCAUUCGGCUCAGAUCGCUAAACCCAUUCGGCCCGGGCAACAUCCAGCAGCUUCUCCAACUCAUCCAAGUGCAAUUCGCGGAGGCGGCGCCUUUGUUCAGAACAGCCAGCCUGUGGCGGUGCGGGGCGGCGGAGGCAAGCAGGUGUAGCGUCUGCACAGACUGCCGGUGUUGAAAAUAACGGAAGUAUGAAGAGGACCUAGUAUCCGAGUCAUUCAGUGACUGUCACCUCUGGCCCCUGCGAUUGUAGAAUUCAAACUUUUUUUUUAAAUGUAUAAAUUGUACCUGGCCUGUACAGCUGUCUCCUACCCACUCUUGUAGACUCUGCUGCUUCCCAACACAACCAGAGUGCGAUCCUGGCGUCUUAGGACCUGCGGCCCUAUUUAUUACACAGCUCGUCUCUCGUCUUCCGUUCAGUCUGCACUGUGCCAAGCUGACUACCUUAUAGGACUGUGCUUUCUGCAUUUGUUUCUGUGUGUUUUGUGUGUGUUGUAUGUUCAUUUUUUAAUCUCAAUUUAAGUUAGCUAGCUGCUGCUGCUGCUUGCUUUUCUUUUCCUAUGAAAAUGUCUUCUUCUUUUUUUUUUUUUUUUAAGGGAAAAUGGAACAUUUAGAUUAAAUGUCUUAAAUUUGACCACUUCCAACACUACAUGCCCACGAAAUGUAUCCGGUCAGUACUGUAUGUGGAAAGCCCUUGAAGUGGCCCCACGGUUGUGGUUAUUUGUAUCUCGAAUCGUCUGAAUUUUGCGCACUGAAACUACACUGCCUGACUAGGCAUUUGAGACUGAGCAAGGCCAUUUGAUUGUCAUCUCAUGAAAUGCCUGUUGCCGAGUUGUUUUUAAUAGAAAUAUUUUACAAAAGCAAAGGCAAAUCUCAGUUUGAGAGUUUGGAAAAGGAAUUGUGUUUUCUCUUCUUCCUAAUUGUGUACUCAUGACAGCUUGGUGGAAUGAAAAUACCUUGCUUCAUUCUGGUGAGCUAGCUGCUAUAAAAUUUGGACAGUUCUUAAUUUGUCAUCAGCAGUGCAGUGAAAAUACUGUAGGAUAAAAUGGUUGUAUGUUUUCAAUACUGUAUUGACAGAUCUAAAUUCAUGGCCUUUGGAAAUUGAGGACAGAUACAUGGUGAAUUAAGUAUGUAGGUAAAUUUUGGUCUGAAAUCCCUGAAGUGUUUUUAACCUGCUACACUAAGUUAUACACUAUAAUUUAUAAUGUUUCGUCUAGAAUUAGUACAUUGUUUGGGAGUCACUAAUCCACAAACUUUGUUGACUGUAGCCCUUAAUAAUACUAAGUGUGUACCUAUUUUUUACCGCUUCUUUCUCAAGUGAUUAAGUCAACGGUUCAUUUUAGGGAGCUAUAAAAGAAUGAUAAAAGUAAUAGAGAAAGAGAUUUUAAUAUUUGCUUCAUCAAUGGGGAUGGUGGUGUGACUGCAACUAUGUUAGCAAAAAUUCACAGAGAAUGGGAAUUUAAGGCUAUUCAGCCAGGAGAGAGACUUGGAAAGCUCUGUGCUAGGAUCUGGCUGACAGAGUUAACUUUUUGAAAAAGUUUUAUACACAGAUAUUUGUAUUAAUAAAUUUGAAGCCAUAGUUAGAUGAUCUAGAUCACGAUUGGCUUAUUUUUCUAUUUCCUUAACUAUUGUAAUUUCCACUUUUAUAAUAAUUUUGAUUUAAAAGAUAAAUUUAUUUAUUUAUUUUUUUAACAGUCAAAAAUCCUUGCUGUUGUAGUCUUCAGCCUUCAAAAUGAUUGUGUUGCUUUUCAGAUUGAUCAAAAGCACUCCAGAAAUUGAGAUAAAACUUUGAUGCAGCAAGAUAGCAGAAUAUAGUUGAUGAAGUGCAACAGCCUUUGUAUGAUGAUAGUUUUCCAAGUGGUGCAACAUUUGGCUGCAUUCACAUAUAUUUGUUUUCAAAUGAAAACUUGCUUCUUUAGCAAUAUUCAUAGAUGAAGCAGAGUUUGUUUUCUCUUUUGUCUGAAUGUGGUAGUUUCAUUCUCGAAGACGUAUCAUGGGUAUUGGCGCUGUGGAACAGUGAAUCGUGACUAGCAUGUGGUUCAGAGUACACAAUGUUAGGUUUGAAGUAUCUUAAUGGUUCUUUUCUAUUUAUAAUUUCAAACUUUCAUAAAGUAUACCUAGAAUUUCAUAAAUUUGUUUCAGUGAACUGCUUUUUGCUAUAGUAGGCAUUAAACACAGCAUUUACUCUUCUACAUGACAUUUUCUGAUCAUCUAGAAUAUUGACACUUCAGUUUGUGGUGUCUUUUUUUUUUUUUUGACUGGAUAUAUUGUUUAUCUUAAUGGUGUUGAUAGGUGGAUCAGAAGACAAACUCAAUGAAAUAAAAGAGUAGUAUUUAUUCAUGGUGAUCAGUUAAAUUAUUUGCCUAACUUAAGAGAACUAACUACUGUGCACCACUCUCAAUUUGUAACUCAAUUUGACAUGAGAUGACAGAAGAGAGUCUGAGUCUACCUGUGGAAUAUGUUGGUUUCUUUUCAGUGCUGGAAGAUACAUUCAAAGAUAAUUGGUUUGGGAAGACGCCAUAUAAUUUUUAAAUUAACCUGCAUGCUGUAAAUGUGUUUUAUGUUUAAAUAAAGAGGAAAAAUUUUUUGAAACGUAGUGGCUUUCUUAAAAACAAACCAUUAGUUUGAUUUACACAACUGAGUGGCAUCCUGUCUCGGUAGAAUAGUCAGUAAUUUGUUGUCAUCCUUAUAAAUUUUGUUUCCUAAUGUGUUGCAGCCUUUUAGACAGGAGGUGUUCGAAUAUGUAGGCUGAAGAAUUAAGAGCUAGCAGUGCGAUAUCAGGCUCACCUGUCUGGUUUUUUGUUUUGGUUUUUGUUUUUUUUUUACAGGCAGUGUGGACAGUGAGAGAGAGAGACAGAGAAAAAGGUCUUCCUUUUCUGUUGGUUCAUCUUCAAUGGUCGCUGCGGCCAGCGCACCGCGCUGAUCCGAAGCCAGGAGCCAGAUGCUUCUCUUGGUCUCCCAUGGGGUGCAGGGCCCAAGCAUUUGGGCCAUCCUCCACUGCCCUCCCUGGCCACAGCAGAGAGCUGGCCUGGAAGAGGGGCAACCAGGACAGAAUCCGGCGCCCCGACCGGGACUAGAACCUGGUGUGCUGGCGCCGCUAGGCAGAGGAUUAGCCUGUGGAGCCACAGCACCGGCUUCCCGACCGGGAGUAGAACUUGGUGUGCUGGCGCUGCAGGCAGAGGAUUAGCCUAUUGAGCUGUGGUGCCAGCCAACACCUGUCUGUCUGUAAUGUGGACUGCAUGUUCUGCACAUUUGAAUCUGAUUGCACACUGAUAGUUUGUGUUUCUCAGUAGCAUUCAUGUUUAACUGGAGACUCAGAACUCUUCCUGAAUUCAAGUAAUAAUUGGUUUGUUUUCAGUGUUUAUCUGCUUCAAUUAUUGUGGAAAUUUUUAAUCAUGUUAAAGUAAGUAACCCCACAGUACCUGUCACUCAGUUUCAACAGGUAUCACCCCAUAGCUAGUCUUGUUUUAUCCAUACCCCCACUUGUGCCAUCCUUUGCCCGUGUUCUUUUGAAGUAAUCCUAGGCAUCAUUGGCUUCUUUCAUGAAUAUUUCAGUCUGUACUUUGAAAAGAUCAGAGCUCCUUAUAACACACAAAAAUACCAUUAUCACACCGACAAAGUCAUUUCCUAAUCAAAUGUUUAUAUACCGAUAAACUCCAUGAAUUGCAGAGUUCCACUGUGCCUCCCCCUCUGUUCAUUAGUUCCUUGUAAUGGGUUUAUGAAGAAAACAGGUUUGCUAUGUACUUUGCCAGAUUUUGCCGAUUGUCUGUGAUGCCCAUCAAUACAGUUCUCUAAAUUUGUUUUGAGUCCA